CUCUAUCCACCUGAACUUCCUAAAAAGGUUUUUAGGUUGCCAACUGCUUUCCUGUAGUGAGCACAACGGCAGCUAGUUGGCUGUAUGAUGACCUGGAGGUAUGGCUAAUCCAUAUCAAUAGUUCAAUGUUUAAAUCAUGCUUAAAAAGAGAGGACAAGAAAACUCUAAAUUAGGAGUUGCUAAAACAAAGCUAUACAAAUAGAUAUGUCUAUGUAACCUGACUUAGCUUAGGAUACUUAAAAUAUACACAUGCUAACACACAUAAACAUCGGAAACAAAGAGACAAUCAACUUCUAAUAGUAUGAUAUCAGAAAGCUUACGGUGUGCCGGCAUUGGUAAUGCUCCAUGCUGAACUAAAAAGUAUGUACAGAACAUUUACACGGAACACUAGCCCUCUGUACUAGACGGGAGCCGACUCGGAACUAAGGGCUUCGUCUCUCACUACCCCUCCCUCCCCGAUGACUGACGCCUGUCACCCGAGCAUGCAGCCAUCAUCCAUGACACACUUAUCUUAUUGGGGUGCAGCCAAUAAACAAUCACACAUAAAUCGAACUAAUACAUCAAAUACACUAGAUAAUUAAAGCAACAACCACUCUCUAGAUAAAAUAUAUCGCUAAUGACAGGAAUUAACAUGAGAUAACCAUGAAUGAGCGGAAUAUUUCCGGAACAAACCUAAAAGCGUCACGGUAGAAUUUAUCUCUAAUUAUUGGCACGGAUACCAUAUAUAUUUAACAAGGCAUCCUAUUGGUGCACAAAAUAGGCGAUCACAUUAGCAUUUUGGCACAUCUGUGCCGAUUAAUUUGUACAAAAGACGUCGCCGAGUUGCUCGCGGACCUAAUUUUACGACCUCGGCCUUUGGCGACGCACGUCUCGAUAACUCAACUCACUCAUCGGUAACCGACGAUUGAUACUCUGUUGCUCAACGAUGCCGCCGGUUAAAGUGGCCACUUAUAAAUGGAACCGCCCUCCCACUGCGGUCUACGAAGACAACUAUGGCUACGGUAUAAAUUUCUACCAGCCAAUGAUAGAUUACAUCUCCGACAAGGAGCACGGAGUCGCGAGCAAGCCGCCGCACUUGCCCUGGAACAACGAGAGGGGGUUAGAGAAAUAUCGCUUCGACAAACCUGUGCAGCCGUAUUCCAACGAAGACGUCUCCAGGAUAUCCAAGGAAAUCGCGGAGCAAGCUAAGCGUGACCUCAACAAAUUUGAAGUAUCCAAGCGGGCGCCGUUCACAUGUGUGGCCACCGCUGCGGCAGCAAACGUCACAAAGCACGUCGGUGUGGAAAGUGUUAGUGUGAAAGCUAAGAAGACUAGAGUAAAUAGGGAAAAAUAUAAGGCCGAGAGACAGAAACAGAGAAUGGAAGAAAUCGAAAAGGAGUUGGAGCUUUAUGAUAAGCAGAAGAAUGUUGGUGCUGAAUUAAAAGGUAAAGCAUUGAUGUACAGAGGCAAAUCUGCUAAAGCUAUCGCACAGACUUUGUUAGAUGAAAGUAGACAAAAUGUGGCGAACGCGUAUGUACGAAAAAUGGAUACCCAAGCGAGAAAAGCUCAGAUCGAUCGGAAUUUUGCUAGGGUGAAAAAAAGUAUAAUGUCGGAAAGUGAAGUGUCCACUAUGGCUAGAAAGCAUGUAGAAAGCUUGUGUGAAGAAACGGUGAGGUGCAUCAGGCGUUCUGUGUCCCCUCCAAAGACACAUCUGGUUGUAGUUCAUCAAGAGAUACCUAUCAUAGACGAUUCAUAUUUGAAACCGUUGAGUGAGCUUAAGGAAACGUUGAGGCAGUUCGAGCACUUGAAUACGAGCAUCAUGAUAGACACAAGGUGAAUACUGCAUGACUUUAUUAAUAAAUACGUUGGUCAUAGGCCGGGAAGAGUUUGAUAAGUCGUUGUUUUAAUCACAGUCGUGUUCAUUUUAAUUUUAUAGGGAGUAAGAAUGGCAUACGAAAGAAUUAUUGAAAUAAUUUAAUCGUUUUUAUAUCUAUAGCCACACACUUCUUGCAGAUAUUAUUCUU